AGUCAGUCAAGAACAGAUUUUGCGGCACUCCUUAAUACUUCGAUAGCUCACCGCUUUAGAUCAAGACUCCAAACCUUCUAUUGAAAGGCAGAAAAUCAAGAUGGCUACUACUGGAUGGUCAACAACUACAAAAGAAAACACCAACUUUUCUCGUUUGUGUAAAUUACUCAUCGAUGGAGGAACUCAUGUCCUUAGAAAGAUCUUUGAUGGCAAACAUCCACCUCACGAUCUAAAGAAACAUUUGAUGGAUCGCAGAAAUCAUCGUAUUUUGAAGAAUUUGAAGACUACAAACAUACUAAGAGGAGAUCAAUGGAGCAAACUUUAUCCAAGUGUAGAUGCUCCAACAUCUGGAAGUUUUGAUAUUACUCUCUUAAGUCUGCUGUUGCGCAAUAUCUGCAACUUGCCAACUCCUGCCAAUGGAUGGAGUAACGAGCCCGCAGCGACAAGUAUUAGUCAAGAAGAUGAUAUUGUAAGGGUGAAAUUGUACCGCAACAAACUGAGCCACAUCUCUGAACCAGCUCUAUCAGACGCUGAUUUCAAUAAGUACUGGAACGACAUUGAAACUGUUUUGCUAAGACUUGGAGCAGACAUGGCAGCCAUUGAUAGUCUGAGAACGCAAUCAAUGGACCCUGAAGAUGAAGAAUACUACAACGAGUGCUUGAAAGAAUGGGCCAAGAACGAGGAAAGACUAUUGCAGGCAAUCCAUGGACUAGAGGAAAAAAUGGAAAACCUGCUAAAGACAUCACACAACAGGCCUGUAAGACCAACAUCUGAAGACAAAUAUUGGUACAUACGUUGCAACACUAGACAACCGCAACAACACAGUUGACAGUGAAAGAAAUCAAGGAGAAGAACGAAAAGCAAUGCACGGGGACAGGAUGUUAUGUUAAUUUUUUACAAGAUAGACCCGGAAUAAUUUUACUCCAUUUCUUUUCGUACUUCAAUAAAUUAUCAUUUGAUUUGGCUAUUUUGUAUUUAAUGUUUUAUUGUAGUUGGGAAAAUUUUUAAGAUGUCAAGUGUAGGAAUUCUUUUCAUGUUUCGGAACUUAUAAAUAGAGUAAUUCUAUAGCAUAUAAUUAUAUAUAUAG